ACACACAACUAAUUGUGAGCUUUCAUGUGCAAACACAGUUUUGUACUUUGGAGUGGUGGUCCAGUGUUUGUCUGUGGAGACAUCACAGCAGUUUGGAAUGGAGCGAGUUUCUUUGUUUUUGCUGUCUUCGUUGCUGUUGGGUUUUCAGCUGAGCUCUGGAGCCCUGGCUCCAGCCUCAGGCCCAGUGUUUCUCUCAGGUCAGGCAGCCGAUAGCGUUCUGCGAAGGCACAAACGAUACAACACAGGGGUGCUUGAGGAGCUGCUGGAAGGCAACCUGGAAAGAGAGUGCAUUGAGGAACGUUGUGACUUGGAAGAAGCCAGGGAGACCUUUGAGAAUGAUGAAAAGACAAUGGAGUUCUGGGCAGGAUAUGUUGAUGGCAAUCAGUGUCAACCAAAUCCAUGUCGGAACCAGGGGUCAUGUAAAGACCAUCUUGGCUCCUACACCUGCACAUGUCAGCUUGGCUUCGCAGGCAGGGACUGUGAGAUUGUUGUCUCAAAAAGAUGUGAUGUAAACAACGGAGACUGUAUGCACUUCUGUCAGUCAAUGGGAACCUUUGGAGCACAAUGUUCCUGUGCGACAGGAUACAAGCUGAUGGAGGAUGGGCUCAACUGUGAACCAAAAGCUGAAUUCCCCUGUGGCAGAACUGCUCUGACAGCAGGAAACACAGCACACAGAAGGUCUUUUUCACCCGGCCAUGGGAAUGCAAGCCUUCACAACACCACUUCACAGACCAACGUUACCACCACUAUGUCCCCUCCCUUAACUCCAGCACCUACCACAGCUUUUCCAGCCACAACUAUAUCCGCACAAAAACACCCUCGAAAGAAACUGCCCCUGUGGGUGUACGGUUACAAUGAGCAGCCAAGUGGUCCUCAUAAACGCAUUGUAGGUGGCAAUGUGGUCGCUCCAGGAGAGAUCCCAUGGCAGGUAGCCUUGAUGACACGUCCCGGUGGCAGGUUAUUCUGUGGUGGCUCCAUUCUCAGCAGAUGGUGGGUUAUCACCGCUGCUCACUGCCUGAUGGAGGUACACGGCUCCUUCUUCGUCAGAGUGGGGGAGCAUAACAUCUACAUGAAUGACAGAACAGAGCGGGAUCAUGACGUGUUUGAGCAGCACAUACACCCACGCUACAACGCCAGUGAAAGCCUGUACAACCAUGACAUUGCCCUGCUGUAUCUCAAAACCCCCAUCACCUUCUCCACAAGGGUGCGACCCAUCUGCUUAGGGCCCAUGUCUUUCACUGAGGCCCUAGUGAAGAACUCCUCCCCGGCCACAGUCAGUGGCUGGGGCCGAACACGCUUCCUUGGAGCCACGUCUUCCACAUUGCAGAAGGUCGAGGUUCCCUACACAGAUCGGACACAGUGUAAGCACAGCAGCAGUGCCAGGAUCACUCCUUUCAUGUUUUGUGCAGGAUACCUUAAUGAGGCAAAAGAUGCGUGUCAGGGGGACAGUGGAGGCCCUCAUGCAAACAGAAUUCAUGACACAUGGUUCCUGACAGGCAUUGUGAGCUGGGGGGAAGAAUGUGCAAAGGAUGGGAAAUAUGGUGUGUACACCCGGGUGUCCCUUUACUACCGCUGGAUAACCUAUGUUAUGGGAAUAACCAAACACAGGCUAGCAAUUGAUGUGGAAGAUCCUGACCCCUAAAUUUAAAGAUAAUAGAUUUAAAAACACAACAUGGUUUACAAAUGUGUUGCAUGUCAAAUAAAAGUCUUUUUUUUCUUUAUGCUUUCAGAUUCACAGGAUGUUCAAAAAGUUUCAAGUUGCUUUGAAUUGUAUGUUGUUAGAAGGGUCGUAGGUUUCUGUACCCGACGCUGACCUUUAAAAGACACUUGACUCUGACUUGGCUGAGUAAUGCAGCUUCUGGAUGCCAUUGUACUGAAAGUGUGUGUGUUUUUAAAAAAUGCAGUUAGAUAUACAGCAGAUGUAUGUGUGAAAAAAAAUAGACAAUGUGUGGGACAUUGACUAAAUGACUAAUAAAUUCCACCAUACCAAUUAA